AUGACUGUAUCUCGUCACGAUAGGCAUUCCACUAAGGCAAGUGCUACUGGAAGAAACAUAUCGUUGUUUACUAUUAGUAGUAGACAUCCCUUGAAUGUGAAGCCCGAAGGGAACUCAUACUUAUCCACAGGCGAUGAUUACGAUACAACAAAAUUUUUGCCCAGACAUGUUCAAAUGGGGGUAUUCAACCGAUUUCCUGAUGAGUUGAUUAUGUAUAUGAUUUCUUUCAUCGAAGAUAUCGAAUCAUUGAAGAACUUGUCUCAUACAUCGAGAAUAAUGUAUGCGUACAUGUAUGACGAAGAGAUCUGGAAGAGAAUAUAUGUAAAGCAAAUUACAGACGAUUCUAAAAGUAGUAAGGAUAAUGUGUUUGAGGAUUGGAAGGGUUCAUGGAGAAGUACAUUGCUUAAUAUUAAAGAUACGGAUCAGGCCAAUUUGCAACUUCCAGGAAAUAUUCUCUGUUCCGACGUGCUAUAUAGACCGUAUCAGUGUUCCCAAGUGGAUUAUGAGAAGCUCUUUCACAAGAUUAUAAAGGAAGAAGAAACGUAUCAUAAUAGGAUUAACGAAGCAGAUGUCGAUUUACAAACUGAAUUGGAAAUAUUACCGAAUGGUAGGGUCUUAAGAAUAUCCGAAAGCUUGUUGAGCAUGACUGACUUUAAUGAAAACUUUCAUGACAAACCGUUUAUUCUUACCAACUCUGAUAAAGACAGAUGGCCCCAUUGGACCUUAGACAGUUUGGUGGAAAGAUUCCCAGAUGUAGUUUUCAGACAGGAAGCAGUUCAAUGGCCAUUAUCGUUGUACUCCAAAUAUCUUGCCAGAAACAAGGAUGAAUCCCCAUUAUAUUUAUUUGAUUGCAGUAGUGUUGCGAUGAAAACAUUGAGAGAAGAAUAUGUUGUGCCAAAAAUCUUCCAGUAUGACUUAUUCACAGUAUUUGCAAACCAGGAAAUCAAUUGUCGUCCAGAUCAUGCCUGGUUGAUUAUUGGGCCAAAGCGUUCAGGGUCAACUUUCCACAAGGACCCUAACUAUACAAGUGCGUGGAAUACUGCUAUAUAUGGUAGAAAGUUAUGGAUCAUGUUACCUCCUAAUAUAGUUCCUCCAGGGGUAGGAACAGACGACGAAGAAAGUGAAGUAACUUCUCCUGUCGGAAUUGCAGAAUGGGUUAUGUCUGGCUUCUUCAAUGAUGCCGUCAAACUCGAAAACUGCUUGGUUGGUAUCACUUUUCCAGGUGAAUGCAUGCAUGUGCCCUCCGGCUGGUGGCAUGCAGUUAUCAAUUUGGACGAUUCCAUAGCAUUGACACAAAAUUUUGUUCCAUUGCCUAAAUUGAGUAAUACGUUGAACUUCUUCAAGAAUAAAAAGAACCAAAUCAGUGGAUUCCGUCCUAACCAGUUUAAAAUGACCCUAGACCAAUUAUUGGAAACGUUACCGGCAGAAGACGACGAUGUGCGUACUUUGAAACACUACAAACAGCAAUAUGAGACUCUCGACCUUGAAAACGACUUGCAAGUAGAAGAUUGUGGUGAAAUACUAUCAUCCAAGCUUCCACCAAUGCCAAUAUUUGAGCUUUUCAAGCAAUUGUUGAUCCUAAACGGUAAAAAACAAGAGCUAGAUGCGGCAUUGAGUAAGCUUGCAAAAUUGGAAAAGUCCGAUGUUAAGCAAGGCAAUAAAAGCAAAAUAUGGAAAACUUUGGUUGAAAACAAAACUGAUAGCCAAGAAGUUCAAGAAACAGCCCCUCAAGGCUUUUCCUUCGGUUUUGCCUUGGAUGAAAGUAGUGAUGAAGAAAUUUAG